AUGGAAAAAGAAUUAGAAUCAUUACGUGCUGAACAUGCACGUCUUUCUGCUGCUUUAAAAGAAGCAACAGCAGAAAAAAUUCAAGCAGCACAAGUUGGUUUAAAAACUGUUGAGGAGAAAGAAAAAGUUGAGUUAAGAUUAACACAAUUGGAAGAGAAACAUCAAUUAACUGUAAUGGAACUUGAAAAUACUAAACAACAAUUACAAAAUUUUAGAGAAGAAAGAAGUCGUGCUACAUUGUCAGGUAUUAGUGAGGAAGAAACAUUACUAAAAGAGACGUCAUCAAGAGAGAGUGCUCUUAAAGAAACUAUAGCUAAUUUGGAGAAUGAAAAGAAAAAUUUAAUUAUUGAAAUAAAAAAUUUAUCUGAUGAAAAUAAAAGAUUAAACCAGUUGUAUACAGAAUCUAUUGAAAAAUGUGAUCAAUUAGAAGCUCAAAAAAAGAAAUAUCAUAAUGAGUUAAAAGAAGUUAAAGUUCGUGAACAACAAUUAUCAGCUGAUGUUAAUGAAUUAGAGGAAGAAAAUAUUUCACUUCAAAAACAAAUAUCAUCUCUUAAACUUAGUCAAGUUGGUUUUGAAUCAGCUAAGAUGGAAGUUAAAAGACUUGCUGAAGAGGUUGAAGAUUAUCAAAUAGCAAUUGAUGAAGCUAAUAAUCUUCAUUUACUUGUCCAGAAACAAUUAGAAGAAGCCCUACAACAAGCGCAACAGGAACGUGAGCAAAAAUUAAGUUACAAGAAUGAGUUAGAAUUUUUAAAAAUGUCUGAACAUAAAAAUCACUUAGAUAUGUUACUUGAGAUGCAUGACCAACCAGGAAAUAAUGUUUCUGCAUUAAAUAGAUUUGAAUUAUCAUAUACAGAACCAGGUGGUGAAGAUAAUUUAGGAAGACAAUUAAUGGGUACUGGUAAUGAUUUAUUUUCAGAAAUAAGUAAUGAUGCUAAUAAAAAAGUACAACAACUUGAAACAAAAUUAGAAGAACAAAAAAAAUCUAUAAAUGAUAUGAAAAAAGCUUAUGUUAGAGCUAUUCUACCCGUUUUAAAAGAAUUAAAUGUUUCAAGUGCAUCAGAAAAUAUUGACUUAGAUUAUUUACAAGAAUUAUGUCAUAAUGCUGUUAGUCGUUUAAAUGAUGUUAAUACAGCUAAAAAUGCAGAAAAAGAUUUGGAGAAAAAAUUAGAACAAAUAAAAAAUAAUGUUAGAGAAGUUAUAUUAUUUGGUGGUAAAAAAUAUGCUGAAUGUGUUUUUGCAAAAGAUUUAUUAAUUUCUUUUGGUAAACAAAUGAAUUCACUUUAUAAAAAUCUUGUUGGUGAUCAAGAAUUAGAAUCAAAUAAACAUGUUCAAGAAAUAACUAAUAAAUUAUGUAAUCUUGGAUAUUCUGAUUAUACAGAAAAUGGUAAAAAGCAAAGAAAAAAUAAAGAUAUUAAGGAUGGUGAAGAAGAAGAGGAACAAGGAAUUCAAACAGAAGAACAAACACAAAUUGUUAAACCAUUAAAAUCUAAAUUAUAUCUUCAGGAGGUUGAAAAAGUUCUUGGUGGUAAAGAACAAUUAGGUACAUUUAUUAAUGAAAAAGAUUGUCAAGAAGAUUUUGUCUUUGGAACAGAUGAAUCAUUUUCUAAAGUAAUGGAAUAUACACAAGAUUUAGUUAAGAUAGCAACAAGAACAGCUCUUAAUUCAGUUAAUUCUAAAACAAAAAUAGAAGAUACAGAUUUGAAAGAGAUUAUCUCUCAAAAUAUGAAAUUAAAAUCUCAACUGGCAACAAAGAGAGAACAAAUAGUAACAUUAAGAACAGUUUUAAAAUCUAAUAAGACAACUGCUGAGUCGGCAAUAGCAUCAUUAAAAGAAAAAUAUGAUACUGAAAAAGCUAUUUCACAUGAAAUAAUUAAUCGACUUCGUAAAGAACUUAAAAUAUUGAAAGAAGAAGCCGCUACAUUUGCAUCCCAUCGUGCUAUGUUCCAUUCUAAGAAUGAAGAAUUAAAGGAAGAAUUAAAGAGCGCUCGAGAAAUGCAACGAAUGGCUGAAGAGGAAAAGAAAACAGUUAGUGCAUUACUUCGUAUGGCAAUUACACAAAAAUUGGAAGCUAAACAACGUCUUGAAAAUAUGGAAAUUGAUAGAGAAAGGCAAUCAUUUAAAAGAGAAAGAGGUAAUAAAUCAUUUAAAUCACCUAAUACAGGUGCACAAGAAAACAAAGAAGUAAAAACUGUAAGAUAUCCAACUUCUAACAAUUCAACACCAAGAAGUGGAAAGUAA